UUUUUCGAGACAGAAAAAAAAAAACACACACAGAGAGAUGGCAGGACGCGGUAAUGUUUUAGAUAUCAAAACAUUGGGCGGUUCCAAUAAGAAUGGCGGUGGAUCUCUAACGCCGUCCGUCCUCAUGAUCUGCAUCGUUGCGGCUUCAGCUGGGUUGAUAUUUGGCUAUGAUAUCGGCGUUUCAGGAGGUGUAACAACAAUGGAAUCAUUUCUUAAGAAAUUCUUCCCAUCCGUUUUACUAAAGAUGCAUGAUGCACAGCAGAAUCAGUACUGUAUAUUCGACAGCCAAAUUCUUACGGCAUUUACAUCCUCAUUGUACAUAACUGGUCUGGUAUCGUCCCUCGUAGCUGGCCGUGUUACCACGGCUACAGGGCGGAAAGGCAUUUUGAUUAUCGGUGGCGCCGUGUUCUUGUUGGGUACGGUGCUUAAUGCUGUUGCCAUGGACGUAAAAAUGCUCAUUUUUGGUCGACUCCUUCUCGGAGUUGGGAUUGGUUUCACAAAUCAGGCAGCUCCAAUAUACCUCUCGGAGAUGGCUCCACCUAAAUGGCGCGGCGCGUUAAACACCGCCUUCCAGUUAUUCAUCGGCGCUGGAGUGGUAUUAGCUGCAUCGAUCAACCUCAUGGCUGCUCAUCUCGGAGACAUCGGCUGGCGAGUCUCAUUGGGUUGUGCAGCCAUACCCGCGGCGAUCAUGACGGUUGGCGCGAUGUUCAUUCCGGACACGCCAAGUAGCCUGAUCCAACGGGGCCGGGUGCAGGAAGCCCGAAAAUCCCUCAACCAAGUUCGCGGCGUCGACUCCGACACUGAGGCCGAGCUGAACGAGAUGAUUAGCCACAAUGAGGCCGCCAAAGCUGACAACCGCCAGCCGUACAAGGUCAUAUUCGAAAGACGGCACCGGCCCCAACUGGUACUGGCGGCGGCUAUCCCGUCGUUUCAACAGUUCACGGGGAUCAAUGUCGUGGCUUUCUAUGGGCCCGUUAUGCUCCGUUCGAUUGGGAUUAGUAGCGACGGGGCUUUGAUUGCUGCCAUCAUACUUAACGUCGUGAAUGCUACCUCUACGCUCGUAUCAACUUUUGCCGUUGACAGGUUUGGGCGCCGACUUUUGUUCUUUGAAGCUGGGGUCCAGACGAUUGUCUCUCAGGUGGCCUUGGCAUGGAUAUUGGCAUCGGAGCUAGGGACUGCGGGAACUGCCACUUUCUCCAAGGGCGCAGCAAUUACUGUACUGGUCCUGAUGUGUAGCCUCUCGGCCGCAUUUGGGUGGUCGUGGGGGCCGUUGACGUGGUUAGUUCCGGGGGAAAUCUUGCCAAUGGAAAUUCGACCAGCCGGCCAAGGCAUAGGCGUUGCCUGCAAUUUUCUGUUCACCUUCAUUUUGGCUCAGGUAUUCGCCACCAUCUUAUGUCAAAUGAAAUAUGGCGUUUUCCUUUUCUACGCUGCAUGGGUGUUCAUAAUGACCGUUUUCGUGGCGCUAUUCGUACCCGAGACUAAGGGGAUUAGUUUGGAAUCCAUGGACACGAUCUGGCAAGAUCAUUGGUUCUGGAAUCGAUACGUUGACGUUGAGAAGUACAUACCCGGCCCGUGAUCGACGUAUUUCGCUGGAAAGUUGAGUUACCGAAAGAAGUAGUAUUGAUCUCGUUUCAACUUCUGGGAGCGAAUUCUUCUGUUUUUCUCUUGAUCUUGGCUAACCAGUACUGCUGGAGUGGUGGAAGCUUGCAUGCAAGUGACUUGUGCUUGCCGUGAUUCUAAUCAUGCAGAGCCUCUCCAACUUGGGUG